CGUGUGAGUAAGUGAGUGAGUGUAUGACUCGACCGUAUCACAGCAUGGCUCAGUUCCAGGAGCUCGGAGAUAAACUCCUCUUCUGCCGAGGAUACGUCUUUCCUGAAAGCCAAAAGGAAUUUCUCACGCCAGAGUACAUGGACAGUCUGUGGUCGUUCCAGAUCAGAGACGACGACGUGUAUGUCGUUACCUUUCCUAAAUCCGGUACAGUUUGGACUCAGCGCAUUAUAACGCUGCUGUACGAGGACGAGCUUCCCGAGUUCGUGGAUCAGACUACAUUUGACUGCAUGCCGUGGCUGGAGUUUCCCCAGAAGGACCAGGACUAUAGUAAUCGCCGCUCCCCCCGACUCUUCUGCUCUCACCUCCACGAGCACCUGGUGCCCCAUGGGCUGCAGGACAAAGGGAAGAUCAUCUACGUGUCCAGGAACCCCAAAGACAUCAUGGUGUCCUACUUCCAUUUCACUCACUUCAUGAAGAUUUUAAAGAGUUCAGAGACGUACAGCGAGGUGAUGGAGAAAUUCAUCAGUGGGCACAUGAUCGGCGGCUGCUGGUUUGAUCAUGUCAAAGGCUGGUACACCAACAAGGACAAAUACAACAUCCUGUUUCUCAGCUAUGAGGAGAUGAUCAGGGACCUGAGAGGUGCCGUGGUGCGGAUUUGUGAGUUUUUGGGGAAGAAUCUGUCGGAUGACGUCAUAGACAGCGUGGUGGAGAAAACGAGAUUCAACAACAUGAAGAAAGACCCGAAAGCCAACUACGGAUCUUUACCUGACGAAAUGGUGAAUUCGGAGAAAGGCGCUUUCCUCCGCAAGGGAACAGUGGGUGACUGGAAGAACUCUCUGACUGUGGCACAAAAUGAAUACUUCGACCGUGUUUAUCAGGAACGAAUGAAAGAUUUGCCGCUGAACUUUGAGUGGGACUGAGCUACACGCAUAAAACAGACACACACACACACACACACACACACACACACACACACACACACACACACACAGUAAUCUUGAUUGAUUUUCUAAUUCCUGCUGGAAGUUUAAAAAAAAUAUAUUGUUGAAAAUGAUAAUGUGAACUUUCCUUCAUGUUUAGAUCAACAGAACAAGCGACAGUUUAAUGUACAGUGAUGAAGUUGUGUAAUGUACUCAUAAACAAACACAGAAACCAAACACAUAACAACAACAACAACAAUGCUACUACCACUAUCACUAUCACUACUACUACUACUACUACUACUACUAAUAAUAAUAAUAAUAAUAAUAAUAAUAAUCUGAGCUCUGUCUCACAAAAAUCAUUUUGCCUCAUUAAGAUCGGAAUCAGCAGUAAACGUGUCUUUACUCUGUAACCACAUACAGGUUAUUGUACAUACUCAAUAUACAUUAUAAGUCCAAAAGUAUGUGCACCCCUGACCAUCACAGCCAUAUGUGGAGUAUGAAGCACACAAAAUCCAACCAGAACCCAAAAAGAAUUCUGAAUUCACAGCACUACAAGUGGCAAUUCAGAACAUUUUACAUGAAUGAUGAACACACAGAAUGUACAGUAAACUGGAAAAGCAAAAAGUUCAUUUAAACUGAAAUAAAAUUGUCCUCUGAGUAUGGUCAUACAA